GCGGCCCGACUGCCUGCUUUCUGGAGGCCUGUUUACGCAGCAGGAGUUCCUGGGCGGCAAGCCGCGCCGGGCUGCGCGCCGUCCUGCCCUUGCGCAGGUGCUGAACUGGGGGGAUGGCGGCUGCGGCUGAGGAGUGGGAGGCUCCGUCGCGGGCGCUGCGGGCGCUGGCCUGGCUUGGGCAAGAGUUCAUGUCGGACUGGGAGGCCCAGGACUUGCGGGCCGCCCUCUUCCAGCUGCUCCUGCUCUGGCUGUUGGUGAGCUUGCUGGGCAUCCAGGUGGCCUGGCGAGUUUACGGGAACACGGUCACCGGCCUCUACUACCGGCAAGGUCCUGGAGGACAGAAUGGAGGAACCCCAGAUGGAUCCUCCCACUUCUCAAGUUGGGAGAGCUCAAGCAAUGAAGCGAUGAAAACCCAUCGAGAAUGAUGACAGAGCUGACAAAAUCAAACUGUUGCUGCUCUAGGAGCAUAGAGGAUGCCUGCCAGGCUAGAGGCCUUGCUCUGCAGUGCUGAGGAAAUUGCAGCCAUACUUGCCCUUUCUCCUGUCCUGUGGCCUGGCUACUGGCCAGCACUGGUGCUGUGAGGAUUGCUCACCUGUGACUGCUCCUGUCCAUCCAGUUACUGAGCAUGGAGUCUCAGGGUUGCUGUACUCAGGUUUGGAAAGCUGCAGGUCCCCCCGCCCCCUCAUUUAAGUUGUUUGCAUUAUUCCUUUUACUAUCCUGCUAAUAAUUUUGCAAACCAGCCUUAAAGGUCAGCUUCUCUUCAACGUCAUGCUAAGCUCAUUGGGUUGGUUGGGCCCACGUUUCUUCCUGCAGUUGUGCUUGGAUUCCUCUUGGCUUGAAACAGCCUCACCUCAAAAGGGAAGCAAUCUCCAGGAUGAGGACACCACUGAUGGCCAGGAGAGCCUCAGACUUCAACUUAUAGAUUAAGCCCUCCUUUGCCAGUAUUGGCUGAUAAGCACCUCUGUGUUUGGAGUGCUGUGGUGGACUAGUAAAAGAAAUUUGAAAUAGUUCCUGGUUCCCUAGCUCAAUCAGUUUUUCAUCGUGUGCCUCUGCUGAGAGCUUUGAGCUUGCCAGCUUCUACAAGUGUUCCCGCUCCAAAGCAUAGUUCUUGGUGCUCAUGCCCCAGAGGAGUAAUGUAGGGUUUGCUCUGCAGCUAAGUUGUAUUAGAGCUGCUGAUGUGAUCGUGAGCAUCCCUUCAUUCUGCCAGAUGCUGCCUCCUGGUAUGUGUAAAAUGUACAGGUUAUAAAGAAGUAAUGGACAGAGCAAA